AAUGCGACAUUUAAGGUGCAACCAUUACUGGAGGAUCCCGAUACUACAAAAGAUGAAUCCACAUUCAAACCAAUCAGUGAUGAGUAUUAUGUGCGUUCGGGUCUAUUAGGUUUUUUGGGUCCCGGCGGUUUGGUGUUCGUUUGCGGUUCUCGCGAUGGUCUAAUGACUGUAACUGGGCGAAAACAUAAUGCGGACGAUAUAAUUGCAACAGUGCUUGCUGUGGAACCGAUGCGUUUCAUAUAUCGCGGGCGCAUAGCCGUUUUCAGUAUUAAAGUAUUACGUGAUGAACGUGUUUGUGUAAUAGCCGAACAGCGACCGGACUGCUCCGAAGAGGAGAGUUUCCAAUGGAUGUCACGUGUGUUGCAAGCCGUUGAUUCAAUACAUCAGGUGGGCAUUUAUUGUUUGGCGCUUGUGCCUCCGAAUCAUUUGCCGAAAACACCAUUGGGUGGCAUACAUCUGUGUGAGGCGCGACGCCGCUUCUUAGAGGGUUCACUGCAUCCAGCCAAUGUGUUAAUGUGUCCACACACGUGCGUAACUAAUCUGCCAAAGCCGCGGGAAAUUCAUCAAGGUGUGCAAACUGCAACUGCAAAAAUAAGCUCAUCUGGAUGUGGUAUUACAGACACGUCUGUUGGACCAGCCUCAGUGAUGGUUGGAAAUUUAGUGCAGGGCAACCGUUUAGCCAUCGCACAAGGUCGGGACAUUGGCUUAUCGGAGGAGAAUGAACGAAAGCAUCAAUUAAUAACUGGUGUGCUACGUUGGCGUGCAAAUACCUCACCGGACCAUAUCAUUUUUACGCUAUUGAAUUCGAAAGGUGCUAUCGCAAAGACUUUGACAUGCUCAGAAUUGCACAAACGAGCUGAGAAAAUAGCAGCACUUUUACAGGAACGAGGACGUAUUGAACCGGGUGAUCAUGUUGCUUUAAUAUUUCCACCCGGUUUGGAUUUAUUAUGCGCGUUUUAUGGGUGUCUUUAUUUGGCUGCUAUACCAAUUACCAUACGACCACCACAUCCACAAAAUCUCAUUACGACUCUGCCAACUGUGCGCAUGAUUGUUGAUGUCUCUAAAAGUGUUAUUGUGCUCUCUAUACAACCGAUAAUAAAAUUAUUGAAAUCACGCGAAGCGGCUGCUUCCAUCGAUCCGAAAACUUGGCCACCCAUAUUGGAUAUUGAUGACAAUCCUAAGCGCAAAUUAAUGGCUAUUGCAAAUGCACCAUUGGACUCAACUGCAUACUUGGACUUUAGUGUAUCCACUUGUGGUCGCUUAAGUGGUGUGAAUAUUACGCAUCGCUCCCUUUCUAGUCUCUGCGCAAGCUUAAAAUUAGCUUGCGAAUUAUAUCCUUCUCGUCACGUUGCUCUCUGUCUAGAUCCGUAUUGUGGUCUCGGUUUCGCCAUGUGGACCUUAAUUGGUGUCUACAGCGGUCAUCAUUCGAUUCUCAUUGCCCCUUACGAAGUCGAGACGAAUCCCAGUUUAUGGUUAUCAACAUUGUCGCAUUAUCGGGUGCGUGACACCUUCUGUUCGUAUGGCGUCAUCGAGCUAUGCACAAAGGCACUUAGUAAUUCAAUACCGAUGCUCAAGCAACGUAACGUUGAUUUACGCUGUGUACGCACAUGUGUGGUUGUAGCCGAAGAGCGUCCGCGCGUUCAACUCACGCAACAAUUUUGUAAGCUCUUCCAAGCGCUCGGCUUGAAUACGCGUUGCGUAUCCACCUCAUUCGGUUGUCGUGUCAAUCCGGCUAUUUGUGUGCAAGGUGCCAGCUCGGCGGAGAGUGCACAGGUGUAUGUGGAUCUGCGCGCGUUGCGAAAUAAUCGUGUGGCGCUUGUGGAACGCGGUGCUCCGAAUUCGCUGUGUCUGAUAGAAUCGGGGAAACUUUUGCCAGGUGUAAAGGUAAUCAUUGCCAAUCCGGAGACGAAAGGGCACUGUGGCGAUUCGCAUUUGGGUGAAAUAUGGGUUCAAUCACCGCACAACGCUAAUGGCUAUUUCACCAUUUAUGGCGACGAAACUGACUAUAAUGACCAUUUUAACGCCAAGCUAGUAACUGGGGCGACAACAGAAGUCUAUGCACGCACUGGCUAUUUAGGCUUUUUACGACGCACUGAAUGUUCGCAAGCGGUUUCCAUUUUGGACGAAACCACACCCAGUGUGGCUAGUCGUGACAGUGACAAUGAGUCACUUAACUCAAUGAGUCAGUUGCAUUUGAAUUUCUCAUCUAUGUCAACAGGACCGCAGGCGCCCAGCGUUAGCGGUGAUCCAUGCUCGCUGGCCAAUGUCAAUGAUCAGGAAUUGCACGAUGCUGUCUAUGUAGUAGGUGCUUUGGAUGAGGUAAUUACACUGCGUGGCAUGAAUUACCAUCCGAUCGAUAUAGAAAAUUCGGUGCUAAGGUGUCAUAAGAAAAUCGCU